GCUGCGCAGGCGCACUGCGGGGCCGGCGGGGCGGUGGCCCCGCGACGUAGCGCGGCGCAGCUGGCGGGCCUGGGCGCGGGGUCUCUGGGUGGUGGACUUCCCCCACUCAGCGCUUCUGCGACUCCUCUCCCCGCCUCAGCUCGGGAGGGAUUUGGGAGCAUGGCUUCGGAGACGGAGUCGUCGCUGGAGGCUAGUUUCUCGGCCAGCGGCGCCGUGGCCGGGGCCUCCGUGACCCUGCCGCCCGCUCGCUCCCGCAUCUUCAAGAUCAUCGUGAUCGGCGACUCCAACGUGGGCAAGACGUGCCUCACCUACCGCUUCUGCGCCGGCCGCUUCCCGGACCGCACGGAGGCGACGAUCGGCGUGGAUUUCCGGGAGCGAGCGGUGGAGAUUGAUGGGGAGCGCAUCAAGAUCCAGCUGUGGGACACGGCGGGACAGGAGCGCUUCCGAAAGAGCAUGGUCCAGCACUACUACCGCAACGUCCACGCCGUUGUCUUCGUGUACGACAUGACCAACAUGGUGAGUUUCCACAGCCUGCCGUCGUGGAUCGAAGAGUGCAAGCAGCAUCUGCUGGCCAGCGACAUCCCGAGGAUCCUCGUGGGCAACAAGUGUGACUUGCGAAGUGCCAUCCAGGUACCUACAGACUUGGCCCAGAAAUUCGCUGACACGCACAGUAUGCCUUUGUUUGAAACCUCUGCUAAAAACCCCAAUGACAACGACCAUGUAGAAGCCAUAUUUAUGACGUUGGCUCAUAAGCUGAAGAGUCACAAACCGUUAAUGCUUAGCCAGCCCCCUGAAAACGGCGUGAUCCUGAACCCGGGACCCAAACCUGCGGUGACUUGCUAUUGCUAGUGAAUGGGGAUGGUGCGACUUGCCAGAAGCCCUCCUGCCAUCUGAUAAGAUGGAGGGUGUGAGCGCCGUGUGACAAGUCACCCUGACGCGGACAUGGGCACGCUCACUUUCGUCUCUUUUUGCUACUUAGGUUUGUCCUUACCACAGCACCAGAGAGAAAUCUGGUUUUCAGGUGAGGUUGGGAAAGAAGUGAAGGUCCGAGGCUGCCAUGGAGGUUUUAGAUGGCUGCUGUGACGGAGUUUGAAGUCACUGGCCACUCAGUCCUGUGUCCCUGGGAUCGGAAUAAAUAGGGAGUGUUUAGUACAUAUUUUGGGCAUGUCUUUGAGUGGGAAAUGGCCUUAGCCAGACACAACCCGAUAAUUUGCCUUGCUGGAGUUUUUUUCAUUGUAUUGAUGUGAUCAGUUGCUUUAUGACUGGUACAUUUAGAGCCAGGACUUUACUUUUGGUGGCAAAGGGAAGGUGUAGAAUGAUUUCAGAGACUCGAAAAAUGACGAAUGACUUUUCUAAGAGUUCUAGGUAUCUGAUAUUUCUAAGUAAUACCAGUUCUACUAAAAUGUUUUUAAAAUGGUUUAAAUCAUGUUUUUUUUUUAAACUAAAUUGUACUGUAGCUAGCAAAAAUAAGUCAGAUUUUAAUGCAAAUGAAGUGACAUCACAAGGUGCUUUAUAUUUGAUUUUGGUAUCUUUGCCCAGUGUGAAAUCAGUGGUGAACAGUUGAGUCGUAACUAGGGGUGAUCAGGCUGUAUCUCCUAAAUGCCUCGGUAACUGACCCACAAGCUCAGGCUGUUAUCUGGCCUCAUGAGGCCCUUGUUCUCCCGGACCCCCUAUCAAUCAGUUUAGUGAGUGAGGAUGGGAUUAAUCAUCCUGCGUUUGGAUUAGGUCUUCGAGGGUGGCCCUCUCUAUCCCUGUAGUCAGGCCUGGCUGCACUCAGCCGGGUUUUUCAGCUUGUUCUGAACACACCUGCAGCACCUUGGCGUCACUGUGUGGCUGCUGUUGGAUUAACCUGUGAUCGGUAUGCAUUGAGAAGCCUUUCCGUGUUGCAGACUGUUCGAAUUCCCGCAUCCCCAUGCGGUGGUGCCGCCUUCCACAGGGUCACAGCCCACAGUCACGGGUGCUCUAGGUGUGAUGGCACCACACUUAAAUCCACUCACAAGAAGCAAGGGAAGAAACCAAGUGGGUAUUGAAAAAUAGCUCAUUCAGCCAGCAGAGAGGGGAAGGACCUUUCCAAAAGUAGCUUACCCUCGCUCACCUGUGCCUUGUGCAGAGAUGGCCAGCUUGUGGAGGAAGCGCCUUGAACUCGGCGUCAGCCGCACAUGAUCUUUCCCCACAGGCUUGAGCUUUAGGAGAAAUGAGGCCAGGAGGUGAUCAUGCUAGGCUGUUGACUAGAUCUGUCCUGCACAGCCAUUUCUUGAACCAUCAUGGUGAUCAGCUGGAUGAGUGAGUUUUAAGAAUCAGAUAAUUUUAUCAAAUGGACUAGUUGAAAGUCAUAAUCACAGGAAAUAAUUUCUUAGUUUUAAGUACUCCGCGUAAGGAAAAUGUUCAUGUGUAGGGAGAGUAAUUCAUCUUUCUUAUGCUGGAAUUAAAGAUUGCCUGACUAUGCAAAUCAGUUUUGAUUUGUAUAUAUUUUUCUAUUGAAAAAUGAUAGCUAUAAUAAUCGUGAUGGGCGUAGCCAUAUUUUAAAGAAGGGAAUCUGUGUACUGCUUUUCAAAACAUUUUCUAAAGGAAGGGAAGAAAGUUUACAGACCUUAGCACAUUUAUGGUCUUUUAGUGCUGUUAUUAAUGGCUUUUUAAAAAAAAGUACUACAACUUUAUUUUCUCUUGUAAGAAGUUAGUAGCAAGUAUCCUUUAUAGUUCUUUAAAAGGACUUUAUUUUUCACAUUAAUAUUUAUUAAUCUUAAAAUAUUUGUAUCUCAUUUAUAAUGAUUUAUUGUUUUGAUUUUUUGUAAGUUAUUUUUAUAAAGAACGUAUCUAUCAGUUGUAUGGGGAUUGAACUUUUAGAUAUUUUCAAAAAUGUUUAUAAAGCACUUCAUCACUGGAGAAAUAAUUUCCAAAAUGGUGACUUUCAAACAGUUGUUUAUUUUUAAAGCACAAACCACAUAUUUUGUAACCUCUGUGGAUUUAACUGUGAUCUUUAAUGGAAAAUAUCGGAUUUUGGAAAAGUCUUAUUUGAGAACACCAAAGGAACUUAAUCCAGUAUGUAAUAUCUAAUGUGGUUAGUUAUUAAUGUCAAUGCUUCAUGGAUCAGGUAUUACGAAUUCAUUUCCUCCUAAAAGCUAAAGUCUUUUUUUUGUGAAAUAGUUUCACCCCUUUCUUUCAUAAAAGUUCAAUAAACCAGCUUUAU